AUGAGAGAAAACGAAAAUCAAACUCAAAUAUCGGAAAAAGAAGAUGAAGCUUGCAAACAACAUUGCAAUACGUACUCGAUCAAAUCAUCAAUGGGUUUGGUCGCAGUACUACUACUGGCAGUUGCUGUAGUACUAGAAGGUCAAUUUGGCCGCGAUCUUACAUCGGGAAAUUUUACUGCUAUAGCAUUUGCUACGUGGUAUGCUAGAUCAUGGACAGUCAUCUGUUAUCCACUCUACUGUCCAAUUGGCAUGAUAUUUGGAAAAUCCUUAAAAGAAAUGUGGAAGGAAGAUUCGUCCAUUUUACAAUAUCAUGGCAAAUUCACGAAAGGAUUCAUUAUCAGAAUUAUACCAAUAACCAUUUUUUUAGCUGCAUCUUAUACUUGCUUCUUUUACGCUGUAAAAAUGGUAUCACCAACUGAUUACAUAACCAUUCUAAGUGUGAACAUUGCCUUGAUAUAUAUUCUGUCUGUGACUUGGCUACGAGAACCUGUGAUACUUCUGCGGGUAAUUGCUGUCGUUCUAGCUAUUGCAGGCGUGCUGUUCUACGCCAUUUCAUAUAGACAAAGUGGCUCUGGUACAGUUGGAGUUAUCAUGUCUUUAAUAUCAGCAUUGCUUUCAGCUUUAUAUAGGGUAUAUUUGAAAAGAGUACUGCCUGAUUCCUGCUUUGGUAAGACAUUACUAGCACUCAGUGCCGUUAGUAUGACUGUCUUACUGUCGGGGUGGAUAUUUGUACUGCUUUUCUCAGCUACUGGAUUUGAAGCUUUAAACUGGGAUGUUAUGCCAUGGGAUUCCCUCAACUUAACCGCAGCAUUUGGAGUGGCAAUUCAUGCUCUAACAUUUUUAGGAACAGCAGUUAGCUAUCCUGUUUUCGUUGCUAUCGGUUUAUUGCUUGGAAUACCUGGCAAUGCAAUUGUGGAUAUUGCAAUGCAUCAUGUUAUAUUUGAUUAUUUAAAAAUCCUUGGAGCAAUUCUUAUUAGCUGUAGCUUCCUAAUCUUAUUGAUUCCGGAAGAUAAAGCAAUCACUAUCUCAAAGCGAAUCCUUUCCGCCUGCUUAAGACUGAUGAUUAAAUGUAAUCAAAACAACCUUUCGACAGACCCAACGACACCUACGAAUAAUGGUAUAACUUCAGCCUCUUCUAGCUAUUUCUUCAUCGAUUCUAAGUAUAACUCCGGUUUGGCCGAAACUCAGAUAUAA